UUCAUUUAUUUUAUUUAUUUAUUUAUUUUAUAUGUGGUAAUAACUAAUUACUUUUCUUUUAUUAAAAAGAAAGGUAACAAAUAAUUUGCAUCUGGAUUUCAUUUGGGAUUCAUUUAAACCUCAUUUGACGCCUAUAUAAUCCUCUAUAACCCGACAUUAGUAUGACUCAGGAACAACAAGGUUAGUGGAGUGGCUUCCUCAGUGUUGCUAUAUUUACUUUCCUAAUUAGCUCCUCACAUAUCUCAUCACUAAUUAAAAUGGGUUCAGAAGUUGGUGUGGAGGUGAUCAAUAAUGGUAAGCUGGUCUCAGCUCAUCACGUGAAUAAUAAUGAUAAUAAUAAAAGGGCUUACGUAACUUUUUUAGCCGGUAAUGGUGACUACGUGAAAGGGGUAGUAGGAUUGGCCAAAGGCUUGAGAAAAGUGAAGAGUGCUUACCCUCUUGUGGUGGCAAUACUGCCUGAUGUGCCUGAAGAACACCGUCACAUUUUGAAGUCUCAGGGUUGCAUAGUCCGUGAGAUUGAACCCAUCUAUCCACCUGAAAAUCAGAUUCAGUUUGCCAUGGCUUAUUAUGUCAUCAACUACUCUAAGCUCCGUAUUUGGAAUUUUGAGGAGUACAGGAAGAUGAUGUAUUUGGAUGCUGAUAUCCAAGUGUUCGAAAACAUAGAUCAUCUAUUUGACAUGGAAGAUGGGUACUUCUACGCUACGAUGGAUUGCUUCUGUGAGAAAACAUGGAGCCACUCACUGCAGUUCAAGGUUGGAUAUUGCCAACAAUGCCCUGAUAGGGUCAAAUGGCCAGCUGAGAUGGGUUCUCCUCCACCAUUGUAUUUCAACGCUGGCAUGUUUGUGUUCGAGCCCAGUCAUGUAACCUACCAAAAUCUUCUUCACACUCUCAAGAUUACUCCACCCACUCCUUUUGCAGAACAAGAUUUCUUGAACAUGUUCUUUGAAAAAGUGUUCAAACCAAUACCCCUUGAAUACAACCUUGUUCUGGCCAUGUUAUGGCGUCACCCAGAGAACGUCGAUUUCAGCCAAGUAAAGGUGGCGCACUAUUGUGCUGCUGGAUCGAAACCAUGGCGUUUCACUGGUAAGGAAGCUAAUAUGGACAGAGAAGACAUCAAUAUCUUGGUGGCCAAAUGGUGGGAAAUAUACAACGACGAGUCACUCGACUAUAAGAAGCCUGAAAACGCACACUCAACGACUGAUGAAAAUACUAAUUUCUCAAGGACCUCAUCGAUCAUGGCUUCUAUGCCAGAGCCAAGGAUGGCCUACAUCCCUGCACCCUCUGCUGCCUGAACUUUGAUAUCAUAUAUAUAUAUAUAUAUAGAGUACUAUUAUAUGAUCUGAUAUAUAAACAAAUUUCUCUUUUCGAAGUUGGUGUGUGCUCCUACUACCUAAUUUUGGUACACCUUUUCUUACAGGCUGUUUACUUUUACUAGUUAGUAAUCAAGAAUUAAUACUUUUAUAGAUUCCUCA